AUGGGGUUGGCUUGCAUGUUCCAGGACCAGGCGAACCUCAAGGCCGCCGUGGCGAACGCCGAUGCUUGGGAUUUGAAGCUAUGUCUUGUUGGGAACAGUCUCGGAGGUGGAGGCGAACAGGAACUGAGCCGGUUUGCUGACCCGGUACAGGAUGUAGAGGCCGCGAGUCAAUCCGACGGAGUUCGACGACACUUCAGCCCGAGCACUGUGGAUUUGCCUAACGGAUCUCACACGUCUAAAAACGAUGGUGUAGGAUCAUUGCCAGCCUCGACACCUCAAACGAGUCAACCGAGACACGAAGUAAUUCUUCAGAUCGACGACGAAGAAAGGCCUGAAGAUCAGAAGAGACUAGCGAGUGAUUUGCACACUGGCAAAGGACAAGCAGCUUCUUCAGAUGAAAGACGCGUGGAUUCGUUGGGAAAGGAGAAAGCCCUGGCUCAAAGCCACCAAGUUCAACCAAACCUAGAUUGUCCAAUUUGCUUGGCCGAGCUCGACCCAAGAUCAGGACCGAUUAUCACGUCGGAUUGCGGACACAGUUUCGAUAAAUAUUGUAUCAAUUGUUGGUUGUACACGGAGAGGGAACGGCCACCAUACACCUGCCCAGUCUGUCGAGCCGAGCUGAAGCUGGGCGGAAAGCCAGCAGAGCCGCCAAAGGAUCCCCCUGAAGGCCUUCCACUGCCAACCACCGACGAAGUUGGCCAAGUCGAAGCUCCAUUAACCCCGCGGAAUAGGAAUCUACUUUUGCACAAUUGGUUGUGUACAAGUUUACUCAGUGAUGCCACGGUGGGCCAUGCUAUGGCAGUCGUUCUUUCCAUGUAUAUUGUUGUUAUGAUUUUGGGAAAAGUGCUUCCAGCACUGUGA